CAGCGGGCCAUCUCGCUCCCCCCCUUCACCUCGCAUCAUCACCCAUCUCCUCCCCGCAUUGCAGCUGCAACUGCGUCUCUCACUACGCCGAAUACUUCUCCGCGACGUCUACAGUCCAGCGCACUGGGCACCGGCCGCGACGCGCUCCUGGGAGAACCCAACUCGACCGCCCCGUACGGCGUUUGGCAUCGGCCACCAGUAUCCACCUUCAUCCGCUCUUGCGCAUUCGAGCGCCCACCGUUAUUCCGCGAGCCACACGAUAUCUUGAGACGUACAUUUGAGCGGCUAUCGUCUCGCGGCAGACGUUGACGAACGCGGCGGCUGUCCCUGCGGGAGCAGAGCUGCUGUUGCAGCAACACGCCUCGACCAGUGGCAACAUCUCUCUCUUGAUUGACGCUCAAUAUAGCAACCAUGGCGUCCAAGAUGGAGCUCCAGUCCAAAUGCCCGCUCCGCACGAUAAAGGAGAUCCAGUUUGGUCUCCUCUCACCCGAGGAGAUCAAGGCCAUGAGUGUGGUUCAGAUCAUCUAUCCGGAAACUAUGGAUGAAGAUCGGCAGCAACCUCGAGCACAAGGCCUGAAUGAUCCCAGGCUUGGCACGACGGACCGCCAGUAUUCAUGCGCAACCUGUAAGGAGAACAUGACAGUAUGCCCAGGCCACUUUGGCCAUAUUGAGUUGGCAGUACCUGUCUUUCACGUCGGCUACAUCACCAAGAUCAAGAAGAUCCUGGAGACUGUGUGCCAUACCUGUGGCCUUAUUCUGGCCGACUUCAAUCAUGCAGAUUGGAAGGCAGCUAUUCGAAUGAAGGAUGCAAAGAAGCGGUUUGAGCAGAUCCACCGCUUGUCCAAGGGCCGGAAAGAAUGUGUGCAGGGCUUGGUUGAUGAUGACGGCAAGUCCGGCAAGAAACCUCCGCAUGGAGGAUGCGGCAGCCAACAACCAAGCUCCAUCAAGAAAGAGGGUUUGCGGCUCAUCGCCACCUACAAAGACAAGGAAGGCCCGGACGGCUCGAAGAUGGAUGUCAAGGCCCCAAUCACACCGCAAGACGCGCUCACGAUCUUCAAAAGGCUCCCGGAUAAUACCCUGCAACUCCUCGGCUUGAACGCAGACUAUGCCCGUCCAGAGUGGAUGAUUCUGACGGCUCUCCCGGUUCCCCCGCCGCCCGUUCGUCCUAGCGUCUCUGUUGACGGCACUGGACAAGGCUCCCGCAACGAAGACGACCUCACGCAUAAGCUCGGCGAUAUUCUUCGUGCCAAUGGUCGUGUUCAAUUGUGCCAUCAAGAAGGCUCCGCACACCACGUCCUCGUUGAGUACGAGGAACUUCUCCAGUAUCAUGUCGCUACUUAUAUGGAUAAUGAUGCCAACGGUGUCCCUCCUGCUGUGCAAAAGACUGGUCGGCCUCUGAAGACGAUUCGUGGGCGCCUUAAGGGCAAAGAAGGACGUCUGCGAGGAAACCUAAUGGGAAAGCGUGUCGACUUCUCCGCACGCACUGUGAUUACGGGUGAUCCGAACCUGUCUCUUGACCAGGUGGGGGUGCCGCGCAGCAUCGCCAGAAGGCUCACGUACCCCGAAGUUGUCACCAAGUUCAACAUCAGCAAGCUUACCGCGCUGGUCCGCAAUGGCCCAGACUUCCAUCCGGGUGCCAACUUUGUGAUAAAGUCAGACGGCGUCCGCCUGGACCUGAGACACAACAAGAGACUCGAAGAUUUGCGCCUUCAAUAUGGCUGGAAAGUCGAGCGCCACAUUGACGACGAUGAUGUCAUCAUCUUCAAUCGUCAACCCUCAUUACACAAGGAGUCCAUGAUGGGUCAUCGAGUGAAGGUCAUGCCCUACUCCACCUUUCGCCUGAACUUGUCGGUCACCUCGCCCUACAAUGCUGAUUUCGAUGGCGAUGAGAUGAACCUGCACGUGCCCCAGAGCGAUGAGACCCGCUCCGAGAUCAUGAACCUGUGCAUGGUUCCGUUGAAUAUCGUCUCUCCUCAGCGCAAUUCCCCGCUGAUGGGAAUUGUCCAGGAUACUCUCUUGGGCAUCUUCAAAAUCUCCCGUCGGGACAACUUCUUGACGAAGGAGCAGGUAAUGAAUAUCAUGAUGUGGGUACCGGAUUGGGACGGCGUCAUACCACAACCGGCUAUUCUGAAGCCGCGUCCGCGCUGGACCGGAAAGCAAAUCAUCAGCAUGGCAAUACCUGAACGCGUCAAUGUUGUGCGUCCCGAGAGCAAGAGCAGUCAGCCACAUAACGACAUCAGUGAUAAGGGCUUGUUGAUUCAAGGUGGCCAGCUCCUCUAUGGGGUUCUCAACAAGAAGAUUGUUGGUGCCACUGCGGGAGGCAUUAUCCACAUCGUAUACAACGAGUUGGGCUGGCAAGCUGCUGUAAAGUUCUUCGAUGCGGCGCAGCGAAUCGUGUGCUACUGGCUACUGCACAACGGUUUUAGCAUUGGCAUUGGGGACACCAUUCCCGAUCCUGAGACCUCCGAUAAGAUCGGCCGUGAGAUCUCUGCUGCCAAGGCGAAGGUUGAGGAGAUUGUCAAGCAGGCAACAUCGAAUGAACUGGAACCUAACCCCGGACUGAGCGUCCGUGCUACUUUCGAAGCAAAGGUCCAGAAAGCCCUGAAUGAAGGUCGUGAAGGCGGUGGUACCGCAGCUCAAAACAGCUUGAAAGAUUUGAACAACGUUAUUCAGAUGGUGAACUCCGGUUCGAAAGGUUCCACGGUCAAUAUCUCGCAAAUGAUUUCGCUUGUAGGUCAACAAGCCGUUGAGGGCCAGCGUAUCCCCUUCGGAUUCAAGUACCGGACCCUACCACACUUUACAAAGGAUGACUAUUCGCCUGAGUCCCGAGGGUUCAUCGAGAACUCGUAUUUACGCGGCCUGACCCCCUCGGAGUUCUUCUUCCAUGCCAUGGCUGGUCGUGAAGGUUUGAUUGAUACAGCUGUGAAGACUGCAGAAACCGGUUACAUUCAGCGACGCCUGGUCAAAGCUCUCGAGGAUGUCAUGGUCAAGUACGACGGUACAGUGCGAAAUUCCAUGGGAGAUAUUGUUGAGUUCGUCUACGGCGAAGAUGGGCUCGAUGGAGCCCAUAUCGAGAAUCAGCCAGUGGACUUCGUUCAUACUCCAGAUGCGGCCUUCGACAGAAGAUACAAGGUGGAUGUCAUGACUAAAGAUCUCCCCAUCUCCCCGGCACUUCUUGAUGUCGCCUACGAGAUCCAAGGAGAUGUCGAUGUUCAACGCCAUCUAGAUAUGGAGUACGAGCAACUGAGAAAGGAUCGACAAUUCCUCCGCGAGCGAGUCAAGGACGAAAGCGCGAGCAUGCAGCUUCCGUUGAACAUUCACCGAAUGAUAGAGACCGCUCAAGCGAAGUUCCACAUCAAAGAUAGGCCAAGUGAUCUCCAUCCUGUAGAAGUCAUCAACAGGGUUCGCGAGGUCUUGGAUAACCUUGUGGUGAUACGCGGCGAAGAUCAUCUCUCCAAGGAGGCCCAGGAGAGUGCAACUCAGUUAUUCAAGUGCCAACUGCGUUCGCGUCUGGCCUUCAAGCGUCUGGUAACCGAAUAUCGCCUCAACAAACUGGCCUUUGAGCAUGUUCUGGGCGAUCUUUCUGAGCGCUUCCUGCGGGCAGCCGUGGCUCCUGGAGAAAUGGUGGGCGUUCUGGCGGCACAGUCAAUUGGUGAGCCAGCAACCCAGAUGACGCUGAACACUUUCCAUUUUGCUGGUGUGUCAUCGAAGAACGUUACACUGGGUGUGCCGCGGUUGAAGGAGAUCUUGAAUAUUGCGACUAACAUCAAGACACCGUCCAUGGCUAUUCAUCAGGAGGAUCCCAAUGCUACCCGAGACCAGGCAAAGCUUCUGCGAAGCCGUGUUGAGCAUACUACCCUUCGGUCGUUGACCAAGACGGUCGAGCUGUAUUACGAUCCUGACAUCCAAAAUACCGUUGUGGAGGCGGAUGACGAUAUGAUUCAAUCAUACUUCAUCGUGCCAUUGGCAGAGGAGGAAUAUGCGGCACAGUCGAAGUGGCUGCUUCGAAUCAUUCUCGACCGCAAGAAGCUGCUAGACAAGAGUAUGACUAUCAGCGAAGUUGCCGCAAAAAUCACAGAGGACUUUGCACCAAACAUUGCUGUCAUCUUCAGCGAUGAGAAUGCUGAUGAGCAAGUCCUACGGGUGAGGUUCAUAUUCGACCAGAAUCUCAAGGAUGCCGAGGAGGAAGAGGACAGGGACGAACGCUGGAUGCGCAAAUUGGAGAAACAUCUCCUCGAUGAUGUCACCCUUCGCGGCAUCCGAGGUGUCGAGCGUGCAUUCAUUAGAGCAGAGAAUCGGUUAGCCCAAAAGGAAGACGGCUCUUUGUUCAUCAAUAAGGACAAUCCGGCCUGCCAAGAGUGGAUUCUUGACACAACCGGUACCUCCCUCGCCGAGACUCUUGCUGUGCCGGGCGUCGAUCCCACCACCACGUAUUCGAAUUCUUUUAUCGAAAUUCUUGGGGUAUUGGGAAUUGAGGCUGCACGCGCCGGCCUGCUCAAAGAGCUUGGAAUGGUGCUUUCGUUUGACGGUUCAUACGUCAACCACCGGCACAUGGCUCUGCUUGUCGAUAUCAUGACCCAACGCGGCAUGCUCAUGGCAAUCACCCGCCAUGGCAUCAAUCGCAACGACACCGGCGCACUCAUGCGCUGCUCUUUUGAAGAGACAGUUGAAAUCCUCCUCGAGGCCGCUGGCUUCGGUGAGCUUGAUGAUUGCCGUGGUAUCUCUGAGAACAUCAUGCUUGGUCAGCUUGCGCCGAUGGGCACGGGUGAAUUCGAUCUUGUGAUGGAUAACAAGAUGCUCCUCACCAUGGUUGAGGAUAACUCACAGAUGCGUGUGGGUGCGGCGGGCGCUUCGUAUCUCGACACAGGCGCAGCGACGCCUUAUGACCUCGGCUCCCCCACCUAUGAAGGUGGCCAGCAGGCGGGAUACGAUGCAAUGUUUUCACCUCUUGCUGCACAGGGCGGGGACGAUCAUGGUGGUCUAACUUCAAAUCCCUAUGGGGAUGGAAGCUUCAGCCCGUUCGCUGGAGGCCGUAGCCCUGGUGGCUUUGGCGGCAUGAGCCCUGGUUUCGCAGGACCGAGUCCUACUUCCCCAGGAGGAGGAUACUCACCGAGCUCGCCCACAUAUUCGCCAACAUCCCCAAGCAUGGCCAGCCCGCGCUUCGGAGCCACGUCUCCAGGAUACGUGCCAACGAGUCCAACAUAUUCUCCAACUUCGCCCACAUACUCUCCCACAUCGCCUGCGUAUGCAUCACCAACCUCACCUUCCUAUUCCCCUACGUCUCCCAGCUAUUCGCCGACGUCGCCCUCGUACUCCCCCACCUCUCCGAGUUACAGUCCGACCUCGCCGGCGCAGAUGGGUCGCGGUGCAACCUCGCCGCACUACAGCCCAACAUCCCCUCAAUAUAGUCCCACGUCGCCAAUGUACAGUCCAAGCAGUCCGCAAUUCAACGCAGGUAGUGACAGGCGCUCCCCUACCUCGCCCACGUCACCUACGUACAGUCCAACGAGUCCAGUGUACAGCCCGACCUCUCCCGGUCCCAUGCAAUACUCCCCGACCUCGCCGAGGUACUCUCCGACGUCUCCUAACCCUGCACGACCGGCUUAUUCUCCUACGUCUCCCACAUCUCCGACCUACUCUCCCACAUCGCCUCGCAACGACUAGCUAGACUCGUGCGCUUGUAGCGCUUUACAGCCCCAAGGCCCUAUGUGAGGGGUUACCCUUGCCUCGCCGUACCUUUAGCUAGGACCACGUCGAAGUAUCGGCCUAUGGCUCUCAAAGCACGUAAUC